AUGAAGAAGAAGAUGGCGACAGGAUCUCAAUCCGCGGUACCAGCAACUCCGAUGAAGUCCGGCGGAACGCGCGGCGACGACUCGACGGCGGUCUUGAUCACACCGCAGCCCGGCCCGAUUGCUGAGCGCAACGUCAGCUUCGACGAGCCGAUGACUGGAUCCGACGCCAAAGAUGAAGAGAUGGAUGAAGAAUACGACGACUACCUGGAGGAGAAGGCGCCAGCGGUGGUGACACCCGAGACUCCGGAAGAUGCAGCGAUGUCCGCGGGGCGCAGCGGGGGCUCGCGCUCCCUGGCGCGCAGUGUCGCGAGCGAGUUGGAAGACGACGCGCCUCCCAUCUCGCGCAACCUCGCGGACGAACUGGAUGAUGUGGAUGGCCCUGAGCCAGCGUAUGAUGACAUGGAAGAGUUUGAAGACCGCGCCGACGACUCACGAUCGCCGGUGCUGACGACUCAAGUGACCGAGCAAACCUCGGGCAACCGGCCGCCGAUGAAUGGAGGCACCCCGGCAGCCAACAAGCCGCGCAUGAUCCGCCAAGCGGUGUGGGCUGACCUGAGCCACCAGUUGGCACGACCAGUGAAUGCGGUCACAGUUGAGCAAGUGGCGAAGGACACGCCGAAGGCGGCUCGCAUCAACAAAGGCGGCGCUGACCCAGCGCGCGUCCCGCUCCCGCGAACUCCGAAGAAGACCGAGCGCAACUCCCACAUGGUCACUCCACCCGCGACGACUCGUACUGACCGAGUUGCGCGUGGUGCCGAAGACUCGAAAGUGACCAGGAGCAGUCUACGAAGCACCGGACGAAGCUCAAGUCGCAAGUCCCGCUACGCCGACGACUCAUCUGAUGACGACGAUGACUUCACGGGAGACGGAGGUGCGCAAAUGGACGAAUAUCUGCGACAGAUCCGGGAGGUGAGCCACGCAGAGACCGUGAACCCGACGCCGAGGCUCGAGGUAGCGAUGCACCGACCACUGGGGCAGAUCCCGACGUUCUCGGGCGCUUGCAACAGGAGCGAGAACUCGAUGCAGUGGCUGCGCGCUUUUGUGUACGAGAUGAAAGGUACACACGCGCCGCCCAAUGAAUGGUGCAUGCCCUUCAAGCUACGCCUGAGAGACGGCGCGGUACACUGGCACCGACAAUUGACCAAGAAGACCAAGCGAACCUGGACUCUGCUGAGCGAAGCCUUCAUCCGCUACUACUGCUCCCAGUUCAGCCAGUCAGCGGAAACCCGAUACUACUCUGCCAAGCGCGACGACAAGGAACACGUCUGCGACUACCUGAACCGACUCAACGGCUACGCCCGCAACGCAGGCGUCCAGUUCGAGAACGGCGGCCGCAAGGCGAAGGACCACCUGGAGAGACGACUCGCUCCUCUGCGAAUCAAGGACAUCCAUGAGCUGGAGGAGAUGAUCAUCGAAAGGCUGAAGGUUGAAGAGCGACAGAGUUCGGGCGAGUCUUCGCAGUCGCGAUCCAAGGCUCGGGAACCGUCCCGCCGACGUGAUGACAGGCGUCCCGAUGACUCGCGUCGCCGAGAUGACCGGCGCCGCCAAGACACCCGAGACGGAUACCGCCGCGAUGACUCGCGAACUGGCCACAGCCGUGGGGAUCGACGCGAACGAGAUUAUGAGCGUCGUCGUGACGACUCCAGGAACGUUCCUCGCGUGACCCUGGCUGACGCAUCAGUGGAAGACAUAGUCGCUGAGCUGCAAGGACGGGACGCCAGGAGCACCUCGACCGGACGCGACAGUGCGCGCCAGCAGUUCAACGAUGACAGCGACGCCGCCAGCGAUCAAGGCUCCGACGACUCGUGGUACUCCGAAGAAGGCAGACACGAUGGUUACUCGUCGGAUGACAGCGACCACUACGUGGCUGCUGCGAACGAGAGUGAGCGACGCGCGGCAGCUGACGGCACGUACGCCAGGUCCGACAACCGGCCUCCCCGACGCGAUCGGAGUGGCCGGGAACCCAGUCGGGACAACCGGUACCAGAGCCGAGGCGGUCACGACAAUCGACAACACCAGUACGGUCCUUGCGCGGCCUGUGGCGGUCUUUCCCACUCGGCCCACUUCUGCAACCGGCGCUGCCAGUUGUGCAAGCAAGUAUACGACGCAGGCCGGUGCGAGGUCUUCCAAGAACUCACCAAGCUUGUUCGCAACAAACCUGCAGUCGAAGCGGAGUGUGUCUACGCUUUUGUGGGCAAGUGCGAAUGGCCGGAUGAAGGACGAGGUACAUGGGUGAACGUGACGGAAUUCGAAAAGGAGAGAGGCGAAGGCCUCGGUGGAGGUGAUUUGAGUGAGAAGAGUGAUGACGAAGUGAUUGAAGACACUGCCGAAGACUGGAUGACAAGUGCAGUGCAGGAAACAUCGCGCCGACGACUCGACGUGGAGAAAUUUGACCGACGAGUACGUAUGAGGACGCUGGUUAACGGAGCGGUCAACGACUCGCGGACGCGGAUCUUGCUGGACAGUGGAGCGAACGUCGGUGUUAUUUCCGAGAAGUAUGCCAACCAGCUGAGGAUCAAGGAUAUUCCGGGUCAUGGUCGGUGUAUGGAGGUCCAGGGUAUCACUAAGGGCAAGGCGACGACGACUCGGAGGGCGUCCGUUAAGACCACGCUCGGAUGGGAACGCGUUUAUGUUUUCGAGACGUGGAUUAUCGACCACAAUGCCGGUGUUAACGUGGUGCUAGGCACCGACUUCAUGAUCCCGGCUGGCAUCCGGCUGGAUCUCUUCAACGCGGCGACCAAGCUACCGGACGAAGUAACGAUCCCGCUGAUCAAGACGCAGAACAUGGUCGACGAGGCCGAAGGGGUCCACGUCAACGGAGGCCCGGUCGAUGUGCUGCAGAUUCCCGGCCGAGAUUGGAAGGAGUUCCGGUUGCAACGGAAGCGGCCGUCCCCGACGACUCACGCACCGUGGAUCCGACGGACCAACAAGCUCAUCCCUACGGUGAAGCGGUUCCACAAGGGGCGCCCGCAGCGGAUCCGACUGACGAACAUUGACACUCGGCUCACGAUCUGCUCGGCUCACACGACCUUCGUGGUGUGGUAUCGAGAAUGGCAAGUUCUUGCCUACGAAGCGGCCCGCGAUAAGACGCUGCUCAAGCGGGAAGCCAAGCUUUACGCUCAAUGGUUAGCCGGCCAGCCGUCGGCACAAAUCUCGGAGCUGUUCGACAGCGACGGGGGUGAGGAUUCUGACGGCUUGCCAAUGGGCAAUGAUCCGGAACCAAGCUCCUUGGGACCGGGCAGAAGCAGUCAAGUCGCUCCCGACGACACGCCAGCCGAUCCACAAGUGGCCGAAAUUGCUCCCGAUCAACCCUCGAUAACUCAGUUUCCGACUGUGGCGACAAACGGAGACACUCCGGAUUUGAAACCGCAUUGUGACCUGACCAAUGAAGCACCGACAACUCAUCUGGUCCCCCGUUACGACGCGCACACUCCCCUCGCUAUGGCGGAGCAUACCUUUAUGUCGGUGAUGAGCGUACUGGGCAUGGACGAGGGUGAUGCGACAAAUGACAGCGCGUGGCUACCGACGGGAAGUUUCCCGACGACUCCUACUGCGUCAAGCCUCUCCAAGACACGGCUCCCGAAGAGUCAUACGGGGUGCGUGGUAUCUUUCGCGGGCUUGACACAGCCUGGGCAGUAUGGUGCAGAUGGAAGCUGCGCAUGGAUUGUGUGGCGCCUACCGGAGUGGAAAUUGAUGGUUGCCGCGAACGCUUACCUCGCCGACACGACGAGCUCCCUUGCCCAGAGCGCCGGUAUGACAUACGGCGUGCUGGCGGCUUUACAACUCGGUGCCGACGACUUGGUCGUUGUUAGCAAUUCAAGGCUGGUGUUGUUGCACUCGCUAGGGGCAGCUGACUCCGGGGCGAUGACUCAACCGAGUUACCACGAGGAGGAAUACAAUGCUGCCGCGGACUCGCUAGCUUCUGAAGCGUUGGAAUCUCAGACGUCGAAGGUAGUUUUGAGUGGCGAUAGGAAGGCCGCGCUCUGUGAGCUCAACCAACUCCAAGCUGUGAUCUACAAAAUCGAUCCGGACGGGAUAUCCCCGCAGAACGUGCUUCCCGGUGAUUCCUUUCGGUCCCAAGAUUUCUCCAGCAGUAGUUCAAGGAGCAUUGAGCCUACCAUGGCCGCGCCGAUGACUCCGUCACAAGCCAAGCUCAAGACGAAGCCACCGAUCCGGACCGGCAAGACAAUGGAACCACUGCCGACGACUGGUGAAUGCGAGUUUUGUGCAAACAGUGCAGGUUAUCCAGAGAACGGACAGACCAACAGCACACCGAGAUCUCGCGUCGACUGGGUCAGUCGUAUCUGGCCGUGCAUGGAGCGGGGCAAAGAGACUGAUGGAAUCGAGGUCUCUGCCCCCCGUCCGCGACAACUCAACCUCACGGUGAACUGCGCCUGGGGUAAUGCAGCCCAGGAAAUCCCGAUUGAAACGAACUACAACUUCCCCCGACAACUCAAGGGCAGUGCUGCGCCUGAAGCAGGAUCUACGCUGGGUCAGACGCGCUACGGCAAGAUGGUGGCUGAGAAGUUUUUCUGA